AGGGAGGGGUUUAGCUCUUGACGCGACAGACAGAAGGGUAGGGUGGGGUAGUACAUUUAAGUCCGAGGAGUAUCACGGUAUACACUUCGGCGGCAAUGGCUUUCAACACGUCCCACACGUAGCGUCGUGACCAUAAUGUUAACGUCGUUUGAGCAUGUUGGCGUCCGAAAUGCCUACCUUCGAUUGACUUUGGAAGUGUCGUGAAGCCAACCACAUCCCCUGUGAUCGUGCGUGUUGGGCGGUAGCUGCGUCUCAUGAGGGCGCAGUUCGACAAGGACAAGCAGAACAGCCGCGGUGGUUUGAACGACGCCCAGCAGUUCCUUCACCAGCUCGAGGAGGACGGCGCUUUCAAGAACUUCAAGCUCGACGAGGAAAACCGCUUGACGGACAUUGCUUGGGCACACGAGGAGCAGCGGCGCAACACGGAGAUAUACUUUCCCAUCAUCGUAUCAGAAACCACAUUCAACACCAGCAAGUGA